AUGGGGCGAUUUGCCAAUAUCGACACCUGGGAUCCGGCCGUCAAUGUCUCAAACUGGCUUCUCGUCGUCGUUGCCGGCCUGAGCGUGCUCAUCCGGCUGGGCACGAAGCUGUGGAUUUUCCACAGACUCACGAGCGAUGACUAUCUCAUCAUUGCAGCGCUGUCGCAGUAUUCCGCAUACAUCCUCUACAUCGCAAGCCUGUGCUUCUCCAAACUAUCCCUUUGCACAUUCAUCCGCAACCUGACCCCAGUGCAUAAAGACCACUUCCAAGCCGCCAUCCUGCAGAUUUUCAUCUCGGUCCUUGGGAUAACCGGUGUCCUGGGGACGGCCUUUCAAUGUCACCCGCCGCGCACAUGGGACUAUAUGCACGGCGAAUGCAUCAACUUGCGCGCCUGGAACUACUUCAUCUCCGUAGCGAACAUCGUCACAGAUGCCAUGAUCGUUUCCCAAGCUCUAGUUCUCAUCUUCGGAAUCCAAGCCACGUGGAAGAAGAAGCUCAUGUUCGCUAGUAUCUUUCUAUCAAGGAUUAUCGUAAUCCUAGCCACAAUCGCCGAAAUGGUCCUCCUCCAAAAGAAACACAACAACGCCUCCUCCGCAGACUCAGACUCAGAUCCAGAUCCAGAUCCAGAUCCCACAUACGACUACUGCGCAUCCACAAUCGCCAUGCAGGUGGUGCAGUGCGCCAGUAUCGUCACCGCGUGCUGGGGCCAGCUCAAGCCGUUCCUGAACCAGCUCAAGUCGAACGGGCUGCGGAUUCGGGGGGUUGAGUAUCAGUCGUCCACGUGGCCCAGGGGGAAGAGUCACUCGUCCAAGUCGAGGAGUUAUGGGCUUUCUGGGAGACAUGCCGGUAGUAGUAGGAGUCGUGGGGAGCAGCAUGAGCUUGUUCCUGUUGCGGCGGCUGGGCGGAAUUUGACGACCGUUGAGGCGGAGGCGUCGAGGGGGUGGGAUGCUGAUAGUCAGUCCAGUCAGGUUGGGAUUAUUCGUGAGACGAGGACUUGGGUUGUUAGUGGUCAUGAUGGGCAUCGUACCCGUAGCCAUCAGUCGUAG